UGUGCCAAAUCCAACGGUCUCAAGUGGCUGUAAGAGCUUUUCGACUUGUAGCCUAUGGGCUCGCUGCGAAGUAAGGAAUCCAUUACCAUAGCCAACCACGAGAUAGAGAAUAGAAUUUGGAGAAGGAAAAACGAAGAGAAAAUGCCUAGGUUCGAUCCGUGGCCGGUGUUCUUCAAGCGAGAGUGGAAUCGGAACUGGCCUUUUCUGGUGGGGUUCGCCACCACGGGAACCAUCAUCACUAAGUUCUCUCUCGGUCUCUCGGAGGAAGACGCGAAGAACUCUGCCUUCGUUCAGAGGCACAAGAGGUGAUUUCUGAAUGCCAGGAGAUGUUCUGGGAUACUCGACUUUAUUUUCUCGUCAGCUGUUGUUUUGACAUGAAUAAUAUUGACGACUUCUGUUGAUUGGUCGCGUGCCUUUGUACACUUUUGAACUGACUAUUUUUUAAAAUCAAAAUGAAAAUGUUUGAAUGGCUUAA